GAAGUGAGAAGGCUUCAUAUCAUCUACUUCCUCAGCCAUAUGAGUCGUGUCGAGCAUCCUCAUCUCAUCCGCGUCCACCAUUUCACUCGCACCGGCGUUUAUCUUCGAGAUGUUAAGAGAUGGCUAGGGGACUUAAGAGGGAAGGACAUGCCAGAAGCAUAUGCUUGGUCCUACAAGAGGAGGUACAAGACAGGUUAUGUGUGGCAAGACUUAGUAGAUGACGAUCUCAUCACCCCACUUUCUGACAAUGAAUACGUCCUCAAAGGAUCACAAAUUAUCUCUACCCACAAUGAUGAAAGGAGAGAUUCUUGCUCAUAUUCUUGUGCUGAGAAUAAGAAAGCUGCAAAAAAUUCGAUAUAUAAAGAGCAUUCCAACAAGUUAAAGACUGAUCAAACUGAAGACAAAGUCCAGCCAGCAGAAACCAUCACUUUUUCCUUCAAAGAAUCCAACAAAAAGAUUUGCCCGGAUUCUCAAAUUGAUCCGCCGUCCAAGAUUUUCUCUGAAAUCAAUGAAGAAUCCUCCAGUUUCGGCUCUGAGAGAUCAUCUUUGACCGAUGAUUUUGAUUCAGUCAAGUUUGAGCCCCGCAAGCACAACAACAACAACAAUUCUCCACCAUUGACUGAUCACAAGAAAUCCAAGAACAACAACAAGAAGAAGAAAAAGAAGACGCCCUCGGUCGCCGACGAGGGAAUGGGGUCCUCGCGGUUGUCGUCGUCGACAAAGUUCCCGGUGCCCGCGAAGAGGAAGAGCUUCUCAUCAGGAGGAGCCUCAAACAUGCUUAGGAACCUCAUCACUUGUGGUGCUGUGGACACCAAUGACAAUGUCUUGGUCAUGUUGAAUAGAAGAAGUGGUGGCCAAAAUAAUAAUAAUGAUAAUAAUAAUAUUAACAAGGCUCCUGAUGAAGUUCUAAUUAAGGGUGAUGAUCAUGUUCAUUUUGGAAGGUCUUCAUCAUCAAGGGUUUUCAGGGCUUGUUGGGAUCACCAGGAGGAAAAACAGCAGCCACAUAGGCACAGCACUUCUAGAAGAAGUUUUGAUGAGAGAAAGGGACCGAAGAAGCAGCAGACUGAGUUCCCAAAACAAAAGGCAAUUCCUGCAAUUUACAGGCCAGUUGGGGAGCCCAAUUGCUCGCAAUGUGGGAAAGCGUUCAAGCCAGAGAAAAUGCACUCUCACAUGAAGUCUUGCAGAGGAAUGAAAGCUUUGGCUGGGAAGAGCACUUGGAGUUAUGCUCCAAGUACUUCUAUGGAGAAGAGUACAGUUUGCCAUUCCAUGAAUACUUCCAACAAAGAAUUAGCUCUUGGCUAUUUUUUAACCAACUGAAAAUACAUAUUUUAUAUUAAUAACA